AUGGCACUGCCUCAGACAAAACCGAUCUUGAUCCCGGCACCGUUACCGUCUUCCCCUUCCUCUUCGCCUCGUUCACACUUCCGCUGCGGCUCCGAUGCUGGCUCCGACCUGUCGAUCAGCUUACCGCGUUCUGCAGUCUCGACUUUCCGUAAGUCGGCUGCACAAGACCCGUUUGCUGCAAUCCAGCUGCAGCACACACUAUCCGGCUUUUCAGCUCAAGAUAUCCUCUCGUCCAACACUCACACUCGCUCGCGCCUCGUCGUGCUUUCAGAGUCCAUCAGCAUCGAGGCUGCAGGUCAACGACUCGCUGAAUCCAAUGACGCCGACACUUGGAUCCUCCUCAAACGCGACAAGAGCAAAUCUGAUGCACCCGAUGGCGUGGGCAAACUCCGAACGUCAGACUGCGCCGGUCUUCUGAGUCUAGACGACCUCGCCGCCUUCUUUGCGGCUGUUUUUGGACCACAUCACACGCAAACGUCGAUUGCUCGGCCCCGAGGCGCUGCUCACGAUCUUGCCUCACCACCCGCAUCUCCAAGCACGUCUUCAUCUCGCUUUCACUUGUCACAAUCAGUAGACUCACAAAACGUGACUGCUCGUGUCGAGACCAUUCGCGCCCAACUUAUGACAAGAAAAGCCGUCACUGCCUCGCUUGUCUCGAACCUCUCGGCCAACAACAGCCUCCGACAUGUAUCGCUCGACGCUUCGUUGCUCGAUAUCAUGCACGAAUUGAGUUGCGACGAGGUAAACUGCUUGUUGGUCUCUGUCCUUCAUCAGAGCCAAGACGGCGCCGUCUGCGGCAUCUUGACAGCGUCAGAUGUCGUCGCCUUUCUCGUCGCCGAGGCCGAGCGAAAUGCCAGCUUGGCUUCCAUCUUUUCAGAUACGCUCGAUCUACUCGCGUCUUCAGAGUUGCUGCCACCUGCAGCGAUUAUCUCUGGCGACAAGAGCCCGGUCGACGCGCUGGUACGCAUGCAAUCUGAACAUCUUUCCGUGCUUGCCGUCACGGAUCCCUUUGGCGGACUCAUCUCGCCGAUCUCGUCGCGCGAAAUUUCGCAAGAGAUCCUGAAAUCAUCUUCGCGCAAAAUUCUUACUAUGCCGAUCUCGUCGCUCGUUAAAGACCUUAGAUCACGACAUCCGCAAGGCGCCGACGGAAAGGAUGUGCGUCCCGCCAUUUCCGUGAGCAGCUCUUCGACUGUCGGUAGAGCCGCUGCGCUUCUGCUCGCGACCGAAGCUGGUGGUGUGUUUGUUAUGGAGGAGCCGCGCGUUAUCAUGACUCCCCCGCUGUCUUGCAUCUCAGCCUCGCCUGGAAAGGAGCUGUCAUCGCUCUCUCUCGACGCAGACUUGAAGCCGCUCAGCAGGUCGGUGAGCUUCACUCCGGCCCCGGCGCAAAAACACCGUCGAUCCUCGACGCAUUUUUGGACUUCAUCACGCGCCUCAAUCAGCAGUAGCGCCUCCAACGAAGCUGCAACGCGCCCGGCGAUGCCAAAUUUUGCGCUAGGUUCCAGCGCCAGUGACGCUGCCAGCGAUCGCAGGUCGAGUCUCACUCUUCGACCGGAUCAGGCGCUGUCUUUGUCGGUCAGCUCGCUUCCAGCUAAGAGUUUGGGCGCAACCACGCCCGCUCUCCUUCGCACGCCUUCAGGACCAAGUACACACCGGCCGCGAUCCUUGUCUCUGGCCCACUUUUCUGUGGACGAGUGGGUCACAUCGAGGCAAUUUGGCGCUCAAGCAGCGCUCCGAAGCCAAGGAUCGUGGACGCCGGGCGCACUGUCUUCGGGCUCGAGUGUCUGCUCAGCUGACUCACCCUCGUCUCCCUUUGGCAACAUGCUCGUCUCCGGUUUCUUUAGCGAGGUGAUGCAGAACGGCAUGCCCAGGUGUGUGGUCACGAUAAAGACAGUCUUGCGAUGUGUGCUUGCAGCCACAACGACCACCGUCGAUGUCAAUGAAGAGGCGGUCGAAGCUUGA